AAGUUUUGUUUGUUUAUCUUUGGAUUAAGAAUUCGAAGGACAAAGAUCAAUGAGUAGUGUGUGGUGUGGUCCAAAAAUGUACGAAGAAAGUAGUUGCUAUGAUCCCGAUGCAAUGAUGGCAGAGGGAGCAGAAGACUGCUUCCCCCAAAUGGUUUCAGAAUCAGAGGCAGUUAUGUCUGCUACACCCACACAGACCCACACCCACAACACCUUUGCCUACUCCUAUUCCUGCGGAGAAGAUGCUGCAAAUGCAAAUGGCCCAAUAGCGAUGGAACACCCCCAACAAAAUCCAUACAAUUAUAGCAACACCCAAUUUGUGGAAGAGCUUUAUUCGAAUCAGCAAUUUACUUAUCACACACCAACACCAGAUCUCCUUGACCUUCUCCACUUGCCAAACCCUAUUCCAGGAGAUAAUAGGACAAACGUCUCCUCUGUGUCCUAUGACCCUUACUUGCAUCUCAACCUGCAACAACAACAACAACCUACCCUCCGAGAGUUGCUUCCUCACAUGCCGGCUCUCAGAAAUGAUUUCCCCUUCGGCGGUGCCGCUGGAGGGGACGACAUACAAGACUUCGGAAAUGGAUUGGUGGACUUCACUCAACAAGAAGUUGGGAAAAGGAGAGGUGGAAAGAGGACGAAGCAGUUCACCAGCACCACCACUGAGAGACAAAGGAGAGUGGAUUUGAGUAGUAAAUUUGAUGCUUUGAAAGAACUCAUCCCAAACCCCUCCAAGAGUGAUAGAGCAUCUGUGGUGGGAGAUGCAAUUAACUACAUCAGAGAGCUUAAGAGGACAGUGGAAGAACUCAAAUUACUGGUGGAGAAGAAGAGGCUCGAGAAACAAAGGGUGAUGAUGAGGCACAAGGUUGAAACUGAAGGUGAAUCCUCCAACCUGGACCCUGCAGAGUACAGUGAAAGCUUAAGAAGUUCUUGGAUACAGAGAAAAACCAAAGACACCGAGGUUGAUGUGCGCAUUGUUGACAACGAGGUCACAAUUAAGCUUGUUCAGAGGAAGAAGAUCGAUUGCUUGGUGCAUGUGUCUCACCUUCUCGAUCAACUUAACCUCGAUCUCCAACAUGUUGCUGGUGGCCACAUUGGCGAUUUCUGCAGCUAUCUCUUCAAUACCAAGAUAUGUGAAGGUUCCUCAAUUUAUGCGAGUGCCAUAGCCAACAAGCUCAUUCAGGUCAUGGACACAAGUUUGGCGGCAGCGUCACUCGCUUAAUAUCUCUGGGAUCGCCUCAGCACCAACGAGUGCUUUGCUUCUUAUUACCAAACUACUCACUUGAUUUUUGCUUCUUGUUUAGAUGUUAUUUUUCCUUAUCCUUUAGUAUCUAGUAUUUCUUGAAUUUAUUCUAAGUUCAAAGAAUAGACAUAUAUAUAGAUGGAAACAGAAACUAUAUUAGUUUAA